AUGGAUAAUGACACAUCAGGGUUUCUCCUUUUGGAAUUUUCAACAAUUUGGGAAAUACGGAUUAUGUACGUAACUUUAUUACUGAUACUGUACAUAAUGACAGUAACAGGAAACCUUCUCAUCAUCACUCUUGUUGCUUCUGACCACCACCUACACACCCCCAUGUACUUCUUUCUGAUGAAUUUAGCCAUGCAAGACAUUGGUCCCGUUUCCGUCAUUGUUCCCAACACUGUUUUUAAUUCUCUUAUGAAUAUAAGGACUAUUUCUCAUUCUGGAUGUUUUGCCCAGGUCCUGUGUUUCGGCUUUUUCCUGAGCAGUGAUGUUUCCCUCCUUACUGUCAUGGCCUAUGAUCGGUAUAUUGCCAUUUGUAAUCCUUUACAAUAUGAAAUGAUAAUGAACAGGAAGGCCUGCACCAAAAUGAUUGUUAGUGUUUGGACUGCCAGCCUUCUCAAUACUACAUUACAGACUGUUUUCACUUUUAUUACUCCUUUCUGCUCUAAUAUUAUCAACCAGUUCUUCUGUGAAAUCCCACAUUUACUGAAGAUUAUCUGCUAUGAUUCAUAUAUAACUGAAAUUGGAGCUGUAUGGUUCAGUGUUUCGUUAACACUUUGUUGCUUUGUUUUCAUCAUUGGUACAUAUGUGAAAAUCUUCUAUGCUGUUCUGAGAAUGCCUUCUGUUCAAGGAAGGAAAAAAGCCUUCUCCACUUGCCUACCACACCUCAUUGUCUUCUCCAUAUUUAUCUUUAUUGGUUCCUUUGCUUACCUAAGAUCCAUGUCUGGGAGCCCAUCCCACCUUGAUUUCAUAAUUACAAUAAUGUAUUCCAUUAUUCCACCCAUGAUGAAUCCAUUAAUUUACAGUAUGAGAAACAAGGACAUCAAAGUUGCUCUUUCAAGACUUUUUGGUCAGAAGUCAUCUCAUUUCAAAAAUGUGUGA